GUGGCUUAUAGUCCAACGCUCUCAGCUCAUCUGGCUCCGCACGCACAGUAGGCGGGCAUUUCCAAAGACUUCUCCCUCGUAUCCUCCGCCUCCUUCUUCCUUCUUAUUUUCUCGCACUUUCCCUCAUUUUCUCAUCUCAUUCUUUCUCUCUUUCCCUCUCUUCUUCAUCAUAACACCUCAUCCCAUUUCGCUUCUGGCUUCUCUCAACUGCCUCCCUGGGGUUUCCAAACACUAGAGAGGGCAAUGUCGUUCUCCGCCACCAAGUUCGCUCAACCAGUCCCUCUCCAUGCCUCCACACCCAGAUCCAAUGACAACCCAUCUCUCUUUAAGACCUGCUCUUUCCUUGGAUCUACCCAGAAGCUCCGCUUCAAUCCUCUUCCCACCAGAGCCAAUCACUCCGCUUCUUAUCGUCGAUCCGCCGUCGUUUCCGUCUCCGACGUCAUCAAGGAGAAAAAGCGUCAGACUUCCACGAAUCUGCUGAUCACGAAAGAGGAGGGCUUGGAGCUGUAUGAAGACAUGAUAUUGGGCAGAUCUUUCGAGGAUAUGUGUGCUCAGAUGUAUUAUAGGGGCAAAAUGUUUGGUUUCGUUCAUCUCUACAAUGGCCAAGAGGCUGUUUCAACUGGGUUCAUCAAACUUCUGAAAAAGGAAGACUCUGUGGUGAGCACAUACCGGGAUCACGUGCAUGCACUGAGUAAGGGCGUCCCAGCCCGUGCUGUGAUGAGCGAGCUCUUUGGGAAGACCACCGGAUGCUGCCGGGGCCAAGGAGGUUCGAUGCACAUGUUCUCCAAAGAGCACAAUUUGCUCGGAGGAUUUGCUUUCAUCGGUGAAGGGAUUCCGGUGGCAACUGGUGCCGCGUUCUCCUCCAAGUAUAGGAGGGAGGUUUUGAAAGAGCCCGGCUCUGAUCACGUAACUUGUGCCUUUUUUGGAGAUGGAACUUGUAAUAAUGGACAGUUCUUUGAGUGUUUGAAUAUGGCAGCUUUGUGGAAGUUGCCCAUCAUUUUCGUUGUGGAGAAUAAUUUGUGGGCAAUUGGGAUGUCCCAUUUGAGAGCUACCUCAGAUCCAGAGAUCUGGAAGAAAGGACCUGCUUUUGGUAUGCCAGGUGUUCAUGUUGAUGGGAUGGAUGUUUUGAAGGUCAGGGAGGUUGCUAAGGAGGCUAUUGGAAGGGCCAGGAGAGGAGAAGGACCGACCUUGGUUGAAUGCGAGACAUACAGAUUCAGAGGACAUUCAUUGGCAGAUCCAGAUGAGCUCCGUGACCCUGCUGAGAAGGCACGUUAUGCUGCCAGAGAUCCCAUCACAGCCUUAAAGAAGCACUUAAUCGAUAGCAAAUUAGCAAGUGAACAAGAGUUAAAGGCCAUAGAGAAGAAGAUCGAUGAGCUUGUUGAGAAUGCUGUUGAGUUUGCAGAUGAAAGUCCCUAUCCAGCCCGAAACCAGUUACUGGAGAAUGUGUUUGCAGAUCCAAAAGGUUUUGGAAUUGGACCUGAUGGACGGUACAGAUGUGAGGACCCCAAAUUUACUGAAGGCACAGCUCAUGUCUAAUUAUUCAAUAUUGGAUGUCUCAUAAUCUUGCUGGUUUUUAGUUAUUGGAUCUGGAUGUGUAUGGUCUUUUAUGUUUUACUUACAUCUAGUGGUAUCUCCAGUAUUAGCCAUUUUCUACUGUAAGCAGGAUAUGUUGUCAAGGUGGGUUUCUAAUUUCAAUUUUGGUUGUGCUCAUCUUUAAGCUAUCAUUGUUUUUAUAUGAAGCUCAGAACUUAUUUAUGUUUGCACAACUUCUGCUUUUCUUAUAUGAAGAGCCCAAAUGGGCUCAGUUUGUAGCCGUAGGCAACUUCUUUAUUCAUUGCAAAUUCGUAGAAGUUGGAGAUAAUAAUAUAAAAUUUGUUCUGUUUCA